AUGUCUUCGCUACGUCCGGUGUCUCCAGAACCCGUCUCCGGGGACGAAAUCCCGAUAGGAAUACCGGUGACUCCCUCAUCCAACAGACUAAGUCUCAAAGUCGUGCGGACUCUAGCUGUGUUCCAGAAGUACUCUACUAUUCCAAUGGGCCUCUUUACAGUGGUGCAUCUGUCAGGCGUCGUUCUUGCUCCACCUAUUGCUGGAGUUGAUGUUGCCGAACAGGUGAUAUCCAUGGGCCGUGAACUAUACCAAACGGGAUAUUCAGAAGCUAUUCUGCUUGCGUCUGCUUGUGUCCAUGUCCUGAGUGGCAUAGCUCUGCAAUUCGCCAAAAAAUGGGACAACUAUGUGAAGUACGGCAGGUUGCGCAAGAAAACGUCUCCGACAAGUUUGUCCGCGAAAGAAGCGGAGAUUGAUAAGAGCAGCGGGCUUGGAGGAAUCACAUAUUUACUGGGUCUCGGACCUAGACCUUCGUUAAGCUUCAGGAUGCUAGGACUGACGCCUCUGCGGUUCUCUGGCUAUUUAUUACUUCCAUUGAUGACGCUACACGUUUUUCACCAACGAAUUGGGCCCUUAGCAGUCGAUGGAGACUCGUCCAUGGUGGAUCUAUCCUACAUUGCUUGGGCCGUCGCACAAAGCCCGUUCAUUAGAGCCACGGGACUCCUUACCUUGGUGGGGGUAACAUCUUACCACAUUCUCGCUGGAACACUGCAUUAUCUGCGGUGGUUUAGUCGAAGAGCCCGCAAGAAUGCUUCGCUGCCUAUGUGAGCCAUUUUGGCAUCUAAUUUAUGAAUAUUUACAAUAUUAACUCGAACAAGCGUCGCAAGUCUCUGGAUCUCCAACCUUGCAAGCAAGAACAUUAUCUUUGUCAUAGAUGUUGUAAUUUUCGGCAACCUCGCUCCCGUUCGAUUUGCGUCUUUUGGUAGUAUCCUCAGACUCUGGGAUACUUCUUUUGAAUCCAGAGGGCGUGAGAGUGAAUUUGAUAGCAGAUGCAGCAGCUUGGGUUCGCAAAUAAUAGAUGCCUGUUUUCAACCCUCUCUUCCAUGCAUAAAAGUGCAUGCUGGUCAGUUUGGACAUGGUCGGAUUCCGCAUGAAUAGGUUCAUGCUCUGGGACUGGUCAAUGAACGGAGCACGGUCUGCAGCCAUAUCUAUAAGUGCUCGUUGCUGAAUUUCCCAAACCGUUUUAUAUAUUUCCUUGAUGUCGGCAGGAAUGCUUUCGAUGGCUUGGACGGAUCCUUCCAUUCGAACAAUUUCGUUUUUCAUUUCUGGGCCCCACAGAUUCAAAUUCACGAGAUCGUCGACCAAAUACCUAUUCACAACCUGGAACUCUCCCGAUAAGACUCUUCUCGAAUACGUGUUAGAGGUGAUCGGCUCGAAACACUCUGUAAAGCCAAAUAUCUGCGAUGUGGAGGCGGUAGGCAUUAGGGCAACCAAUAAGGAGUUUCUGACACCAUUCCGAUGAAUUUUAGCUUUCAAACCUUCCCAGUCCCACAUAUCACUUGGUUUAACAUUCCAAAAAUCGUACUGCAAGAUUCCUUUUGAGAUUGGAGAUCCGGAAUAGGAAUCGUACGGUCCGUAGAUCUCGGCCAGCUCUGUUGAGGAUUCUAAAGCUGCAUGGUAGAUUGUUUCAUGUAUGAGAACGUUUAGUUUCCGGCUCUCUGGAGAGCCAAACGGCAUUCGCAGCUUGAAAAAUACAUCAGCCAGACCCUGCACACCAAUAGCAAUUGGCCUGUGUCUUUUGUUUGAAACCUCGGCUUCCGGCAAAGGAUAAGACCCCACAUCAAUCACCGUAUCCAAAUUGAGAGCGAGAGUCUUACAGACAUCAUGGAGCAAUUUGAAAUCAAACUUCCGUUCUCCAUUGACAUCGUGGACAAAAGAAGGAAGUGCCAAAGAGCCUAGAUUGCAGACUGCUGUUUCCUCAUUAGAUGAAUAUUCAACGAUUUCACAACAGAGAUUGGAUGACUUGAUGGUACCCAAAUUUUGCUGGUUAGACUUUUUAUUGCAGGCGUCUUUGUAGAGCAGGAAAGGGGUCCCUGUUUCCGUCUGAGAAACUAGUAUCGCAUGCCACAGUUUCUGGGCUUUCACUUUACGGAUAUAGCGACCCUCACGUUCAUACCUGUUGUAAAGCUUGACAAAUUCAUCUCCAUAAGUGUCACUGAGUCCAGGAGAUUGAUCCUCGGAAAAAAGGCACCACUCUUGAUCUUUCUCGACUUUCUCCAUAAACAAAUCUGGUAUCCAAAGAGCAUAAAAUAAAUCUCUAGCGCGAGUUUCUUCCUUUCCAUGGUUUUUCCUCAAGUCCAGGAACUCAAACACGUCUGCAUGCCACGGCUCUAAAUACAUGCAAAAAGCGCCUGGUCUUUUAUUUCCACCUUGAUCCACGUACUUUGCGGUGCUGUUAAAGACUUGAAUCAUAGGCACAAGUCCGUUGGAUGUACCAUUAGUUCCAGAAAUGUAAGAGCCGGCAGCUCGGAUGUUUGAAACGUGUAUGCCAAUUCCGCCAGCCGCUUUAGAAAUCAGGGCGGACUUGUGAAUCGUUCUGAAAAUGCCAUUUAUAGAGUCCCCAUCCAUUGCAAGAAGAAAACAGGAGGAUAAAUUAGGCGUUUCGGUACCGGCGUUGAACAGCGUAGGCGAAGCAUGGAUGAAGUAUUUUUCGGACAUAAGUCUGUAUGUUUCGAGAACGCGGUCUAUAUUACCUUUGUGUAUCCCAAUGGCCACUCUCAUAAACAAAUACUGAGGAGUCUCGCAAGGUCUUCCAUCCAUUUUUAGCAAAUAUGAUCUUUCCAUUGUUCUGAAACCAAGGUAAUCCAUCUCCAAGUCUCUUUCAGGUGCGAUGGCUUUAUUCAAUACAUCAGCAUGUUUGUUCACAAUAUCAUGAACAUCUGCAGCAAUGAGAGAUUUGAAAUUUCGAUACUUCGAAGGACGAUAUUGUCUCAUUCGGUUCACAUUUUCUGAAAAACUACCACAUACUUGCUUUUGCAAGUGACGAGCUAGCACUCUUGCUGCCAGGUAGGAAUGAUCGUAGUGCACAGUAGUCAGGGAAGCGCUCACUUCCGCUGUCAAGUCGAGCAGUUCUUGAACAGUGAGACGAUCGGGAAGACCACUGACGACCUUAUCAAGAAUCACAUCAAUGCUGACAAACUCGGUAUUUAGUCCUUGUGCAAGGGACAACAAGUAAUUUCGCAGUGUGUCUCUGCUAAAAACAGACUCCUUCCCACUCUUUGAGUCUUUAACGAUGGUCUUGGUGUCUGCUGUCAUAGCUUUCGACCCAUGUGCAGGAUAAAAC